AUGGCGCCUCAUGCUGAGGCAGAAGCCAAGGCGCAGCUCCAGGCGCUGGAGGCACAGUUUUACCAGCAGUUUGACGUGCCCAUGAUGCAUGCAAAGAAAGAAGCGCAUGAUACAGAGGAGGAAUCGGUAGGAGAAGACGACCUUGAUGACGACACGAUGGACGAUGCGUCGAAUGACGAUGACCUGGACGACGACCUAGACCUAAUGGAGCAUGCCCAAGCACCCAAGCAGCGCAUACCCGAGACGGUCGUGUUCUCCGAUCCAUCCAAACGUGCCAGAGAUACCCAAAGCAAGUCGUCACGCAAGCAAUUCAUGUCAUCCAAGAUUCAAGACCUGCACAAGGAGCCUGUCGAGGCAGUCAGCGACGCGCCCAAGGCAGACUCGGACGAUGACGACGACCAGCGAGCGAAUGACCGCCAACUCUCUGAACUUCUUUCUACGACCCUUUUCGCACCUGGCACAGCGGACGCGACCAAGAAGCGAAAGCUCACGACCACGACGAAUGAAACCUUGGCACGUGUCAUGGAGUUGUCGUCCGCCGACACGAUCGGCUCACGUGCGCCAGGCACAGGAUGGGCGGAGAAAAAACUCAAGGCCCAAGAACUGGGCAAGGUACCUGCGCGUAUUCGAGCUGGCUUGCGCCGUGCGGCUGGCGAGCGACGUGAUCGCGACAUUGAGACGCAAAAAGAGCUGGGUCUGUGGAAUCCCAAAAUGCAGAAACAGUCGCGUAUGACGCGCGGAUCAGAAACAGAGCGUGGAUCGCGUGCCAUGCAGCCGAAACAACGCCAGCGCGGUAUCGGCAGCGGCGUCGGCAAGUUUCGCGGUGGUGCCUUGCAUCUGUCGGAGGCCGAUGUUCGUCGUAUUCGCGGCCCUCACCGAGCCACGUAG